AUGCAUAAGAGCCAGAAGAACACAGGCGGAAGUGCAGUGUUCUACAGACCAAUUAAAGAUGCAAAGGAAGUAAGAUCAGGAUACCUCUUCAAGUCUCCACCCCAAAAACGGUUGAAGACAGAGAAAUCAUGGAAGAGGCGAUAUUUUGUGCUGUUCAAAAUCAGUGAGCAAGAACACCUACUGAAGUACUUCAGGAAUCCUGAGGACAAGGAAAGGCCACUAGGAGGGAUAGACCUAACACAAAUCUCACUGUUGUAUGUGAAUCCUCAAAACCACGCGAGAUGGGGAUGGGUCCAGAAGAGCCUCAAGUGCGCGCCAUCCUGUGUGCUCUACAUCAGGGCAGCUGACCGGGACUACUUCCUCGUCGGGGAGAACAGUGAGGAAGUGGACGGCUGGUUCUCCGACCUGUUUGAAGCCCUGAAAAACCGGCCACAUAAAUGUAUGAGUUCAGAGGAAAUUAGCAAUGGGCAGCCACCAGUUGAGGUUAUUUCAAAACCCCUUAGGCGGAAAAAGAGUUCUGUCGCUGAGGCUGAAAAGCCAGACUCAAAAAUUCGGUCCAUGUCGGAUCCGUCUUCAAAUGCUUUGGAUAACGACGCUGAAUCACAGAGUGAAGAUUACAACAAAAGACGUGCAUCGGAGCCUGUGCAUCCAAUCUAUGACUAUCCAAGAGCCUACGCAAGACAUUCAACAGGGGAAUAUGCCUCGAUCCGUCGCAAAAGCCUGGACUCAGUAUAUGAAUCGAUGACAGAAGUUAGAUAUAACGCACAAGUGGCUCAGGCAGCGGACCGUGAAGUUGAGGAGGUUACCACAGGCAGCCUGAUGAGGCAUGUCACUCAAGUCUUUGACAGGCUGAAGACACAGAUUUCUCCACUACCUGCGUGCGAUGAGGAGACAGCCGCUGAGGACAGAGGAGACCGGCGUCAGACGUCAGACUUCAGCAGCAGCUCCAGCGACAAUGAUGCCACCUCUCCUGACGAGAUGCUGGAUGGACAAAAUGUGCAGACUCUGGACAAACUAAGCUCCACUGAAAGCCUUGACACCAUCACCCCAGAGGAGAGAGAUAUGGAAAUCAAGCAGGCAGAUUUGAAGAAACACCUGACACUGAUAGAAGUGGAUGGGAAGCCAACUGUGUCUGGGUGGACAGGCCAGCCACAGUCCGUGUGCCUGUUUCACAAAGGAGACCAGAUUCUGGCGAUUAACGACUUGCACACCGGCAGCGUGGAGGAGCUCAACAUGUAUCUCAGCAAGUGUCUCAAGAAUGAGGUGAAAGUGACUAUCCUGCGUGUGCCUGGAGGCCAGCCUCUGCAUUCGGCAAACUGUCUCUGCAGUGACUGACCAUUAAAUGUAUAAAUGUACUGACCACAUUAGACAGUAUUUCCCCAGGGCUGUGGGCAGUUCCUACUGAUCUGUCACUCUACUAGUUUACUCCAUUUUAAUGUCUUGGAGCUUAAAGUGAAGGGAAAAGUACAAUUUAUUUAAUGAUUUUUAAAUCAUGACUUGUGUACAAAGAUCAGCAUUUUGCUGCCAAGCACUCGGUAUGUAACAAUGACUUGUAGUUUAAAUGGAGCGUGAACUAUGACGUUGUUAUUUCAUUGUGUUUAUUGUCGAUAAGAUGUUUGUUCUGAAAAGCUGUCUCAGAGGAAACAAAAGGCAGAGGUUUCAUGUAAACAUACUGGAUUUCCACAUUCCACCUUCAUGAUGCUAAACACAAAACAAAAGGGCCAGUAACUGGACCCGAGACGAGAUACAAUUCAAAAGGGCAAGGCGUGUAGUGCAAAAAUGGCGCAAUAUGUUACUAUAUAUAGACCGUUUCAAAUUACAUUGGAAAGCAGCAUUUUCAAAAAUAGCAUAUUGUGCUAUUGCCAUGCUUCUUUUCCAUAUAAACAAACAUAUGAAGACAAUAAUUAAAUCAUUAGUACUAUUACUUGUAUAACACUUGUAUAUAGAUUUUUAUUAUCUUUAAUGAAAGAUUGCAGGAAGCAGUUUAUCAUGUAUCUUACAUAAAGAUGUUGUUAGGCAUAAUACAAGAUGCUCCAAAUCAAUAUUUAUAUUUCCAAUGAAGUGAUUAAAUAUUUUGAAAGGAUAAACAAUGACUGUCACUUUGUAAGAACUGGGCUGCAUAACUAGUGUGCAUGUCAUCUUCCAGCAAUGCUGACUCAUUCCCAGUUUGCUCAGUCGGUGGCAUGCAUGAUGAAAUUUCUCUGCAAGCCAAGCCCGUCUGAUAAAGCUUUCUUAGGAACACAAAUAUAAAAGCACAUUGUUUGUUCAAAUGUUGAGCAGAAACCCAGAGAGGCAAGGGAGAAAAAAUAGUUCUGGUGAUCCAUUUUCUAAGUCUGAUCUAAAUUGUUUUCUAACAGAUAAAAAAGAAAAACCUAGGAUCAUCUUUCUAAAUGUUUGUUUUGUUGUGGAUAUGUGAAAAUAGGACAAUCUUUUUUUUUAAUUAUUGUAAUACUCGGGACAGAAGAAAUAAAAACUCACAGAGAAGAAAAACAUUUUGUUUAAAAAGAAAGGAAAACAGCAAAACUUUAUUUUACCUGUUUUCACACAAAAAAAAGAAACUUGGAAACAAUAUCCGAGCAAAACUGUUUUCAUAAAUCUGUGUAAGACACAGAAAAUGCAUCACCCAAAUUUUUUUCUCUCACUUGCCUCCAGAACUUUCAUACCAUUAGUGUGGAAGUUCACAUUAACAUUUAAAAAAUCUAAAUGUUUUCCACUUUC